AUGAAGCGCGCGGAAUUCCGCCAGACAGAUCAGAUUCCAUCAUACUCGCCUCAAGAGUCAACGCUCAGCACCUCGCCUACCACUACCACGUCCAUGAGUGACGUUGCGUUGCACAUCGUGUUUGCUGGCGGCUUCUUCGACUCGACCGGGCCGUUUCCAGUGCAUUCCAAAGAGCUGCUACCACGAGGCGAAUCAUUCCUCGGGAUGACUUGGAGGCAACGUCUAGCGAUGGGUCAGCCAACCUGCCUUAGCUUCCUGCUGUCACUCAGCCGCCCGCCUUCUUUGUUCCCUCGUGCCAGCAUUCCGAGAGGGCACAUGGCGCCGGAUCCGCUAGCAGACAAGAAUCACUGCAGCCUACCGCCAUCGUACGUCCACCUGAUGGCCGGUGCCUGCAACAGCUCAGCAGGUGAAGCAGCGGUGAUCCCUGCGGCACAUCCUGACGGGCAGGCGGUCUCCAACUUCCAUCGAACCCCCGCGCUCAACUCGACUCAGCAACCCAACUUGCCCUGGUCAACAACAUUACCACAGCAAGACAAGAAUAAUCUCGGGGCCCCGUUGCCCGACGAUGGCGCCGUGUUUGGCCGUGAGCUUCCCGCUGCGAGGCUAAACUCUCGCUCGUCCAGUGGGAGAUCCCCCUCCUCCAAAACCUAG